UUAGAAUUCAAAAAUUCAUUGCUGCUGCUGUCAAAGACGAAUGAAAAAAGUGGUAUUUGCUCCUACUAAACUUUUCAUCUAAAGAAAUUUUCGAAUUUUCCUUGUGGUGAAUAGAAACCGUUCAGAUUAUUGUAUUAGGUCAUAGUGCAGUGCAAAUUCUAUAAAAAAAACGCGUGUUAAGAAAAUUUUGACUCAAAAAUCGCAAGUCGUAAAUUGAACAAAGAAAUUCGGAUAAAUUGCAUCGAGAAAUGGAGCAGAUUAUAAGAAAUUUAUUAGUUGCUGAUAACGAUUUGAUACAGCAGGCAACCAACGAGUUGAAGGAAUCCUUCAAACGCCCUGAAACUAUAGCACAACUGUGUGAACUUGCCGUCACUAACAAAGAUGCUCAAGUACGCCAGUAUAGUGCUAUGUUACUGAAGAAACAUCUGGGUAAAAUGCGUCAUUGGCAGCAGGUGCCUCUGGAACAGCAGGCUCUCAUUAAGCAGGGAAUGCUAGAAGCCAUUGUCAAAGAACCGGAAAAAUCGGUGCGUACCGCAAUUACUGGAUUUGUCGGGGUCCUUAUACGGCAUGAAGCGACCAAAGAUGAAGCAUGGAUGAACGAGGUGUUGAAAUUUAUGUUCGAGAGCACUAGUUCCAGUGAUCCAAAAAUGGCGGAAGUGGGCUCUGCCACUUUUGCUACACUGACAAAUACCUCUCCAGAUCAAUUUAUUCCUCAUUUUGAGAGCGUUUGUCAAUUGUUUUCAUCCGCAUUGAUAGCAACAGAAGCCAGCGGGAAUAUGACAACACCCGUGGUUUACAAUAUUCUACAGGGUAUGUCCCAUCUUGUUGCAUUCAUCACUGGCAACCCAACUGCUGAGAACACCUACCAAGCUUCAAUUCCGUACGUUGUUAAAGCUCUUGCUGGAUUCGCUCAGCAGGAUUCCUUUAAAUUUAUCGAGGCCUUCGAUAUUUUAGAGAAUCUGGCAGAUGAAUCUUCGCGUAUUUUGACACCACACUUAAAGCUGUUGAUCGAGUUUUGUCUCGAAAUCGCAAAGAAAAGCGAACUCGAAGAUUCUGUUCGUGUGAAAGCGAUAACCUAUAUCGGUUGGUUGGUUCGCUCGAAGAAAAAAAUGAUUAUCAAACAGAAGUUGGUAGAACCAAUUGUGGUGUCUCUGUUUCAACUGAUGAGUGUCGCACCGGACGUAGAAGAUGAAGAUGAGGAAUACUUUGGCAGUAACGAACUUUCAACCCCGAGCACAUGCGCUACUCAAACGCUGGACGUUUUGGCUUUACACAUUCCUCCUAAGCAAUUAAUUCCAACGUUAAUGGCCUUACUGGAACCUGCUUUACGUGGAAGUGAUCCCCUGGCCAAGAAAGCAUCUUACUUGUCAAUCGCUGUUAUAGCAGAAGGCUGCUCAGAGCAUAUAUGCAAUAAGUAUCUAAAACCUUUGCUCGAUGUGAUAAAAACUGGAAUAACAGAUCCCAAUCCCAUGAUUCGUAAUGCAGCUCUGUUUGCAUUGGGGCAGUUUUCGGAACAUCUUCAACCGGAAAUUUCUCAGUAUGCCGAAGAAAUUCUCCCGAUUCUUUUCGAAUUUCUGCAACAGCUUUGUCUACAAAUUCGGAGUGGCGGAAAAGAACCUCAACACAUCGAUCGUGUUUUCUAUGCCCUGGAAACAUUCUGCGAGAAUCUCGAAGAUCAAUUAACACCACACUUACCCAUUUUAAUGGAACGCCUUUUCGAAGCACUGGAUGCACGAAACACUGUGCAUUUGAGGGAGCUAUCGUUGACAGCAAUCGCUGCAACUGCAAAUGCAGCGAAGGAAAAUAUGUUACCAUAUUUUCUUCGCUUGAUCGAUAGUUUAAAGAUGUAUUUGGUUAAAACGGAUGAUGAAGAUAUUUGUACAUUGCGUCCUCAGGCGAUCGAUACGUUUGCUGCACUUGUAAGAACUAUCGGAAAGGAUAAUUUUCUACCGCUGGCGGUUGAUACACUGAAUUUAGGUCUGACUAUGCUCGAUGGCUGUAAUGAUCCUGAUCUACGACGAAGCUGUUAUAACUUGUUUGCUUCCAUGGCCUCUUCCGUUAAGGAAGACAUGGCUGGUUCACUGACAAAGAUUGUAGAGUCUAUGCUGGAAAGCGUAAAAAGUACAGAAGGAAUCGUACCAGCAUUUAUAGAUGACGCCGACGAUAUUGUUUUACUGAACGGUACAACGGCGGAUGUUGAUGAAGAAGACGACCAGGAGUACGAUAUCGAGAAUUCCGAUAAUGAAAACGAUGACGAUGAUGACGACAUUGCUGGUUACAGUGUUGAAAAUGCUUACAUGGACGAAAAGGAGGAAGCAAUUUUGGCGUUGAUGGAAUUUGCUGAACAUACUGGACCGGCAUUUGCACCAUUUAUUUUAACGGCGUUUGAAGAAAUUUACAAACUGAUCAAUCAUCCGAACGAAGAUAUACGAAAAGCCUCUAUUGAUGCUCUGAAACAAUUUGUUAUUUCGUUACACGAACUCGGCAAUGUAGAAGGGGCCAAUCAGAGCAUUUUGAUAAUAAUUCCCAAGCUCAGCGAGAUUAUCCGAACAGAUGAAGAGCGAUCUGUGGUAAUGUCUGCUUUGGAUGCCUACAGUGAUAUAAUGGAAAAGGUUGGAGCUGCUGCCAUACAAGCGGAUGGACAAAAAGAUGCUAUCUUCGGAUGUAUUGUGGAUGUGCUGAACGGAAAAGUUGCCUGUCAGUUUGACGAACCCGUUGAUGAAGAGCAGGAAGAAAGCGAAUACGAUGAAGCCAUUAUUGAGUCAGCUGGGGAUAUUUUGCCCAAGUUCGGUCGAGCACUGCCACCGGCGGAGUUUGCAGUCUACUUCGGACGAGUUUGGCCUUAUUUCAUUCAAAAAAUUGAAAAAAGCAAACAGAAGGACGAAACAACGGACUCGCAACGUGCUUUUGCUAUUGGUGUGCUGUCCGAAUGCUUCCGCGGCCUAAAAGAGUUUACUGCCAACUGGUUCGAAACCUUGUUGCCAAUUUUCUUAUCUUGUGUGCAGGAUCGUAACAACGAAGUGCGAAAUAAUGCAGUAUACGGUAUCGGCGAGAUGGUAUUGCACGGAAAUGAGUGCUCUUUCAAGCACUACCCUCAAAUUUUGACUUCACUUUCUGCGGUAGUAUCUAAGGAGCAACAUGCUGGAACGUUGGAUAAUAUUUGCGGUGCAUUGGCACGUCUCAUUACAACAAACAGUAGCCUAGUUCCGAUGAAGGAGGUUCUUCCGGUAUUUGUUCAAUAUCUGCCACUUCGAGAAGACUUUGAAGAAAAUCAGGCUGUGUUCCGCUGCUUAGACGUAAUCUACAGGCAAGGCAAUGAUAAUCUGAUUCCCUUGCUUGGCCGAAUACUAGUCAUUGGCCUGCAGGUUUUAUACAAAAAGCAACACAACAGCGAUGAGUGUCGCGAUUUGAUCUUUAAUUUUAUUAAGCAGAUCAGCAAGGACUUUCCUGAGAAAUUUACAGAAGUGGUGCGCAGUGAUACCGAAAUUGCCAAUUUUGUCCAAACGUUGCCGUUGCAGUAGAAGACGGUGCGCGUGCAUUUAAUGCGCAAAUUAUAUGUUUCAUAUAUUGACCCAUAUCUUCAAAUCUGCAUGCGUCGUGUGGAAAGAAAGAAGAGCGAACAAUCUAAGACGUCCAGUAACUGCGCAGCGGAAGGUGGUAAUCAAAAAGAUUGAGUGAAUGAGCCUGUAAAUGAAAACCAGGAUAUUUAACUUAUCGAAUUCAAACGAACGAUAAGUUUGAAAGAGCGUUAUCCCUCAGAUGAUAAUCGCUAUAGAGCAAAAGUGUGGCAUGUUCUCAAACUAACGCUAAACCGUAUAUUGUUACUAUUCCGAAUCAUUACUUUCUUUUUUUCAAGUCUAACCGAAUGUUAUUACCCAAGUAUGUUACUGUUUGUUUAUUCGUAUUAGAAUAAUUCUUUUUGAAAUAAGGAUAUGAUAGCCUUUGUCCAAACACUCGAUGCAGAUGUCUCUCUCUAUCAGCAGCUCAAUAGAAGGCAAGACAUUUUUCCCUUGUGGUACAUACUCAUUACAUAACAAACAAUAGAAAUAAUAGAUAGCCAAUUUUGUCUAUAUAUCUGAACAGUUACAAUACACAUACUGAUGCAUACUAGCAUUGAACAUGCGUUGAAAAUCCAUUCAAAUGAAAUACAGUAAACACGUAUCUAGCAUCUAUAAAUACAACAACCAUUAUCAUAAAGAACUGUAAUACACAAUUUGUAUCAAUUAAAUGCUGUCCAAUACAGAUUUUACGUUAUAUUUAUACAACCAACUAUUGCAG